GUGAGCGCGAAGAAGACGAGUGUCCAUAGACCGUCUACAUGACAAACAAGACGCCAAUUUCGUCCCAAGCAAGUUCCAAAUUGAUCGUUUUGACGACCGCCAACAUCCCCGCGGUCCUUAUGCCACGCACGGCAUGGCAGAGAGACAGGACACUGAGGUGGAAGAUGCUGAGCAUAUUUACCUGCUGAUGAAGGAGGAGUACAGCAUCUCCAGGAAUGUGCGUCUGGCCUGGUUUCUCGGGAAACUCAACCAAGUCAUCAGGCCCGCGUCCGUUCCGGAGCUGCUCAACUCUGCCAACGAGUUGGACUUGUUGAGUGUUUUACCCAAAGGAUGGCACCGGGACCCGCCGCCACACCCUCACCCCAAUGCUGCCCAGCCCGCCCUGUUGGUGCCCUCCACUCACGCCACCUUCCUGGCACGCAGGUAUCGCUUCAUCAUCGAGCUGGACCUCAGCCCGUCCACGGGGAUCGUGGAUGACAGCACAGGGGAGAUGAUUUUCGACGAGGUUUUCCAUGCCUUGUCCAGAUGUCUGGCGGGUCUCGCCCAACCCUUCAUGGUACCGGGCACCCAGCAGCUCUUCACGCCAAAGAUCUUCACCACCAUCCUGGUCUACUCCUCCAUUUUCGGCCUCACGUCCCAUCAGGUCCUGGUGCAGGGAUGUCAACUGGAGCGAACGGACCUGGGCCACUUCCUGCAUCACAUCUACCAGCAGCUCAAAGUGGUGGAGAGCAACAUCGCCCACGUUCUCAAUCAGCAGCAUGAAAGUUGCUCGUUGGAGUGCGGUCUCCAUGGCAACGGCGCGGAGGAUCAGCCUCCCAGGAGGCCGAGCAUCUCUGUGGUGUCAGCAGACAUGGGCCUGGUCAGCAUGGUGCGGCAGGGCAUUCUGGCACUGCAGCUGCUGCCUUCCAAUUCCAGCGCCGGCAUCAUCAUCAUCACGGACGGCGUGAUGAGCGUCCCCGAUGUCGUCGUGUGUGAAACGCUGCUCAACCAGCUGAGGAGCGCAACCAUCACAUGCUCCUUUGUGCAGGUGGGAGGGCCGUACUCGUACGACUGCAGUUUUGGCUACAUCCCCAACGUGGAACUGAUGAAGUUCAUCUCUGUGGCCACCUUCGGGUCCUACCUGCCUAACUGUCCUCCGCUGGACCUGGAGAGCCACGACAUGAACGCCUACCACAAGGCCUUCCUCAAGUACUCUUUCCUCAAGACCCCCGAUGCCAUCAACUCGGACAUCUUAAGCGUGUCCCAGCACAAGCUGUUCAACGAGCACCUGGUGUCCACCAGUGGUAACCCAGCGCUGGCCAUGCGCAGGAAGAAGCACACGGAGAAGGAUGUGCACGCUCACCUCAUCAGCGUGGUGUCUGUCAGGCUCAGGGAGGGCUACACCAUUCGAGAGAUCGGCCUCACCAAAGGCGGCAGCCAGCUGGAGGUGAAGCUGGUACUGCUGUGGAAGCACAACAUGCACAUCGAGUACGUGGCGUCGGCUCCGUGGCCGCUGGACCCCGCCAAGCGCAGCACCCGGGUGGAGGUAACCAUGGAGGGCAGCUACGACAUCCUGCACGACAUCAGCUGCACGCAGAGGAAGCCCAUCACCAGCCCCUACCGCACUUCGGUCAUUCGCCGCUUCUGGAACACUCUGCAGAGUAUCAACCAGACGGAUCAGAUGCUGGUACACCUGCAGUCUUUCAACUCGGUUCCAGAGAACUACACUAUCCCGGAGAGCACCAAAAACGGAGUGCCGCUUUUCUACAUCCCGCCUGGAUCCACCACGCCGGUUCUGUCCCUGCAGCACGGAGGCUCCAAAGACUCGUCGCAGUCGCAGUUCGCCUCCUACUGGAAGCCCAUCCUCUCCAUGGAUGCCAACUUCUGGCAGAGGUGGCUGCAUAUGCACCGCAUUGCCAUUAUCCUGGAACACGACAUGCCGGUGCCCAAACACCUGCACACAGCGGGCAACAACGGACGGUACAGCACCAUCCAGUGUCGCAUCUCCCACUCUGCGCUCACCUCGCUGCUGAGGGACUGGAGCAGCUUUGUGCUGGUGGAGGGCUACUCCUACGUCAAACUUAUAUACAGUUCUCUAGAGCAGCCCCCCAGCUCCUUCUAUCUGGUCCGACUUAUCUCCAAGACCCCUUGCAUGGUUCUGCGAUUGGGCUUCCCCAUCGGAACGCCGGCGCACGUUCGAAACAAGAUUGUGGAUGAGCUCCGUGAGCAGAUCCUCAAGCUGCGCUUCCCGCACCGCAUCCAAAGCAAGGAGGCCACACCCAAAACCAAGAGGAAGGUGGCGGCGGGCCAGCCAUCGCCAUCCAAGUCGCCCGCCCUCUCCGCCCCCAAGCAGGCGCUGUCGGACCGGCCGUGCGUGGUGGUGCUCAACAAGCCGCUAGAGAAGCUGCUCAUCAGAUACGAGAAGCUGCCCCUGGACUUCAGGACACCCUUCAUCUUCAGCAUGGAGAACUCGUCUUUGCAGCCCUCCGGCGGGGCGGCGCCCCUCAACGUGGCGGGCAACCGUGCCGCCUCGUCCACGCUGGCCUCGCUGUCCCGCUACUUCUUGCACCGGCGCUGGGUGUGGGCGGUGCAAAGCAGUCAGGGUCCCGCCAUGGCCAUGCAGGCAGUCUCCCACAUCCUCUCCAUGCUGUCCGAGAUCCGCCUGUCAGAGGGUUUUCAUUUUGCCGCCAGUGGAGAAGGCAUUGUCAACAUGGUCAUUGAGCUGCCCAUGAAGGGCGCGUCGGCCGACUCUGAGCGAGAAAGUCACUCGUGCAUUGUCCAGUACAUCCUCUUCCCGCCUCACGUGACUUCCAGCAAGGACAGCUUCUCCACGGAUGACGACAAUGAUACGGAGGUGGAGGCGGUGGACGUGGACGUGGAGCUCAACCUGGUGACCGAGUGCUGGGUGGAGCCUCAGAGCGGCACCAUCGCCAACUGCUCGGAGCAACAUCGCCACCUGCUAGGCCUCACCUACCAGGAAGUGCCUCAAGCCAUCUUCCCCAGAGAUUUAGCCUGCAUGUCUACUAUGAUGACAUUUGAGUACCUGAGUCAGCUGUGUCAGAACAAAGACCAGGUCUGCUCUGUGCCCGCUGGACUCAAGGACAGCACAGGAGAUCCGUCUGCCUCUGAGGAGAGCAUUCAGAUGGUUCCUUUCCAGUUUGAUCUCAUUCAACUUCUACCCAAAUGCCAGCAGGUGGAGCUCUUCUUCCUUACAUUCAGCACAGAGGUGGAGCCAGACGAGCAGCUGCGGAGCGGCACCUACCUGCCUAACGAACUACUCCUGGGCCUCCUCCACAGCAGCCUGGAGCAGGAGCUCACUGACCGCGAGAUUCCCUUAACGAUUGAUGACCACGCUGCCUUUGUGCGCCACGUCCUGGAGCGUGAGCGUGACGGCCGCUGCGCUCCCUUCCCCCUGCCCGUCAUCAAGGCAGAAGAUUUCACGAGGCCUCUUGAUAGACAGGAAGUGAUGUCAGCGUUUCACUUAAAUGGCAGCAGUAAAGAGAUGACGGAAUCCACCAGCACUUUACAGAGUUUGGCCAACGCUGACCUGGCGUAUGAUGAGCAUUCGCUGGUGGGGCAAAUCUGCUCCGUGCCCCAGUGGAGAUGUUACGUCAAGCACAUAAGCUCCCAGCAGAUCCUGCUCACCUUUCUGCCAGCCACCUUCACAGAUGUCCUGAUGCUGAUGAACUCAGAUCUGGAGGCGGAACCUUUGAGUAACGUCAGCACGCAAGAGGACGACACGCUGACGCCCGGCAACAAGUCACAGGCCGAUUCACCGUCCGGAUCCACCGGCGAGAUGAGAAGAAGCUCAAGCAGCGGGCACCUCGAUGCCACAUCACCCGUUGCCUCGUCACCCUUGGAAGGGCCGAGCGGACCCGGCAUGCCCGCUGAAGCCCUGCCGUCGGACGGCUGGGGUAGCGGGAUGUUGGAAAACCAGACCGAAACGCCCGGCUCAGGUCACUUUUCGGCAGAUUUGGGCGACAAAGUUCAUUUCUCUGAGCCGCAGCGCUGUGGCGUCCACAGCGGCGGCAUACUGGGCCGCCAGCUGUCCCAGCAGAGCACCGGCACGCAGCUCAAGUGUCCCGUCUACGUUUACAACUGCUGCCUGGAGCUGCUCAAAGAGCAGCUGGUCCACCCCGCAGCCAACCGACAUCCCCGGGACGUCUUCUUCAGGUCGCUGUCUCAGGACCGCAGCAGCCCGUCGCCUUGGACUGACCUUCUGGCACAGCCUCACAAGCACAAGGAGCUCGCCCACUACUGCAGCCUGCUCCAGGAACACUACCAGCAGAGCUUCGCAAAAGGCGUCUACCGGAGCCUCCAGCAAUCGCUCAGCAUCAGCUCCCAGGAUGUCCUGAUAGCCAUGGACUACUGCGAGGAGUCCCUGCAGGAGAUUGAUAUCACAGCCUUCCUGCAGGCCCUGUGCGGACACAUCCGGCUGUUCCGGGAGAACGGCCAGCUUCCAGCCUGGACUCAGCAACCGAAAGCCCCUGGACGGUCGGCCACCUUCAUCGUCGGAGAGGCCGAGGAGGAUCGAGCUGACGUCAAAUCUGCCGUGACCUCCUCUUCGAGUUUUGAGAUGCAAGACGCCAGUGAAGCCGAAUCUGAAGGUCCCGCCCCUCGGGAGGUCUCCGGUAAGAUGGCGGCAUUCCCCUUGGACUUGCUCCAGACGCAUCCUACCUGUGACGUGUGUCCGGACGUGCACAAAAUAAUUCAGGAAAAGUUCCUGGGGAUCGUGUUCCAGUAUUUCAAACCCGUGCCUUCCAAUCCACAUUACUUCUAUUAUUGCCUGCCAUCUUCCAAGAAGGAGGAGGACUCGGAGGACGGUGAAAUGGAGGUGAGGCCCUGCGAAGAGAUGGUGUCCGAGGCCGAGCAAGCCACUGAAGAUGAAAUGACCUCCGGCGGCUGCAUCACCACUGAGAGCGACAACGACUUGGUGGUGGAAUACAAGGAGCAGCCCAGUGGCGGCAGCAUCAGGAGCCUCAGCGCCAGCGAGGACCGCUCGCACUCGGACUCCAACACGGUCAAUCAGGAUCAGGACCAAGACUCCUUCAGCAUCUUGGAAGAAGGAGACUCCCUGCUGGAGGCGGAGGGGCCAGAGAUGGACAUGCCGCCGCUCUUCCUGCACGUCACCUGCUCAGUCAGUGCCAAGAGCUGCCAUGGGUCCACCCCCAUACACACCCUGCCGACCUGCCUCGGUGAGAUCAUUUCCUGCCUGGAAGAUGCCGAGGCCUCGCAGUUGCUGGACCUGAAUGAGCUCUCGGUCACGCUGGACAUCUUUGUCCUCACUCUUCCCGUGGAGAUCGAAGUCAUGGGUGACUUUCAUCACAACAGGUACACGUCUGAGAGCAGCGUGUCCUUGAACCGUUCUCCGGGUCAGCCGUCGUCGUAUCGGUCGGACGACGAGUUGUCGGCCGUGCUGGAGGGACUAAAGGGGGCCGAUGUGGACAUGGUCUGUGGUGAGCCUCUGUCCAAGCUUCCGCUUCCUCACAAUCUGGCCAUUCUAGCCACCAUGGAUGAGAUCCGCUGGCUGCUGGAGGACGAGAUCGUGUCCGCCCUGCGCCGCUCGCGCACCAUCGGCCCCGCCACGCUGCUCAAGGUGGCGCAGCACGUCGUUGGCUCAGCCGGACGUCCACACUGUCGCAGUGAGGACGUCCCGCUGCAGUUUGUCUUCAGGCCCGAACAGUCGUUGGACAGGUUCAAGGAGGAGUUCCGUCGCAUAGCACUCUCUGGCUAUGUGCUCAAAAGCGAGCAGGACAACUUCUACUAUGCGUCUUUGAGCCGGCUGCAUCCUCGGAGGAUGCAGAGGCUGUCAGAGAACAACACCAUAAACAGGGCAGCGCCUCAGGAAGAGUCACCCUUGGAGAGCCAGGCCGAUGCCGACGACGUGGUCGCCAACGUCACUGCUGAAACCAACGGAGAGGCCAUGGUGGAGGUCAGCGAGCCGGUCGUGAAGAGCGAUGGUGGUAACACGCAGAGUUCGGUGAGCCUUCAGAUGUUGAACGAGCUCACCUCACCCCCCAAGACCCCCUCCAACAUCAGCCUAGCUGAGUCGGUGCAGUCGGCCUCUCAAAGCUUCGGCAAGUUGAGGCCGAGUCGUGUGCAGAGCAUCAUCUCAAGCCAAGGAAGUUUGGAUUCUGACAUGCAAGGCUACGAUGGCGGUAGCAGCGACUCAGAGUGUGAGAGUCCCACCCUGGAUGAGCAGGAGAGUCAGACCCCACUGAUGCCCGACUUCUGGCUCAUAGCUAAGAUCUACCCGGACAGAGUCAAAGUCUACUCGCAUUCCAGGAGUGUGAGUGAGGAACAGGAGUUGAGCAUGAAGGAGCAGGAGAGCAGGGAGGACAAGCACGAGCUGCCGGAAUAUUUACAACUGCACCAGCUGGUGGUGAAGAAGAUAGGAGAGCUGUGUCGCAGAGUCAACCAGCGCAUGCUGCUGCAGGACCUUCAUGACAGCCACAUGUGCAACUCCCUCCUGGUGGCAGAGAGCGAGGAGGACAUCUGGAAGAGCGAGUCUGCGUACAGGCAGAGGCGCAACCCCUCAGACGAUUACCACGCUGAGGAGAGCUACCAGGCCAGAGAUUACCUGGCCGCCACAAUGCAAUUCAUCCCAGGACACUUUUCCUGCGAGGUGGUGUGGAGCACCAUCAUCCACAUACACCCAAGACUUAAGAUGGGAUCUAACAUGGGCGUGUCCAGAGCCAUCCAGGCUUUACGCUCCGUGCUCAACUCCUUCUGCGUGGGCAACAGGAAGAACAUGUAUGUCUACCAGGAGCGUACCACCAAAUCCGUCUUCUACCUCAGACUUUAUGAGACGUCUCAAGUGGGGAAAUACUCCGACGUGGACGGUGGGCUCCACACGUCUCGCUCCCUCAGCCUGUCCAGAAGUCAGGAGCCGCUGUUCUCUGAAGACCUCUUGGGUUCCAGGUCGUCUCUGGAGGGUUCUCGUCCAGUGGGCCAGGUGGACAAGCACAUCCUGCUGCUCGUGCAUGGUGUGGGCAACGCAGGUCCUGAGAUUACAGACGAGCUGGUGAAGGUCCUGCGCAAACGUCUGGAUGAAACCACGCUGGACAUGAUCACCCUCAUGCUCGUCAGGAACUGCAAACUGACACCCGCUGACGUGGAGUUCAUCCAGCCGUCGGGCUCUCCCUCAAGCGAGGUGAUGGCGUUCGGCCUCCCCGCCUUCUGUCUCCCGUGGCUUUCGGCCGUGUCUCACUACCUCCGCCAGAACUUGCUCAUCUUCCUGCAUGUGCCCAAGUACACAGACAGCAACACGGCGCACCACUUCAAGCAUUGCUUUCAUUCGAACGCCGACGUAGCGGAUGGCGACAUCUACCUUUACAACAAGCCCGGAGGUCAGGGGACUGGAGGCAAAGGAAUCGCCUGCAUUACUCUGACGUUCGUGGAUGCCGUAGGACGUCCCCUUCAGGCCCCUGUCCAAGACUGCGGCAGGCACACUGACAAUUGUUCCAUUCCGCUGCAGCCUGAAUACUUUGAACGCUUAACCACCGUGCUGAAAGUGAAAGCCGAUUCUGCGCACGUCGGCUGGAGCCAAGAGGCGGUAUCAGCGCCACUGCUGGUGCGCUUCGACGUGUGGGAGCAAGGCAAUGUGAGCCCGGCGCAGCUGGCCGACAAACUACAGGGGGCGCUGCGCCACGCCCUGUGCGAUGUGCUCAUGGAGUUGCGGGUGCUGCCCAACCCGCUCUGUCUGCCCUGCGCCAACGUGCACGCCACCUGCAAGGACACUAAAGGCGCGUUGAGUCUGCCCGAGGCCAAAGACACUCCCCGGCAGCGUAGCGGCUCUCGGGUGUUCAGAAGCAGUCCCUCGCCCAUCACUUUGGCGCACCCCGGCAGCGCCAGUGGCACCGCUGGCAUGCCAGCAUCCAGCACACCCGAGUCCACGACACCCACGGGAAGAAGCACGCGCCGCAGCUUCUGGGACAUUCUGAGCAAACCCGACUCGUCAGAACUGGGCAGCCCAAAAACCACGGAUGACAUUGUGCCGGAGCGAGGCGAAGAGGGUCGCGCGACACGCCGCCGCCACAAGACGGACAGCGUCAAGCAGCAGUGGUCGCAAGAGAGGCUCAGCGAGCUGGAACAGGCACAAAGGAGGCAAACCUGCCAGCUGGAUGAGGGCGAUGUGGGCGCUCUGCAUCCCGUCUACCAGUUAACCUGCGAGCCCUGGAUCACCUUCAUGGCCGAGCUUGGCUGCCCGUCUAUUCAGCAGUGCUCGGCCGACGUGGCGUCCCACUUCUUGCUGCCGUCCAUCUUGACCGAGCUGGUCAAUCUGGUGGGAUCGUUGGCUGCCGAGACCAGCGUCAAGGUCUUUGCCAAGACCAGCAUGUCACUUAUGUCUGCUUCCAGAUGUCCCGUAUCGGGGGACAUCUUUGUUCCUUUGUCUGCCGUGCAAAAUCCAUGGCGUCCACUCGAGGCAUCCCGCAGCUUCAUCGUCAUCGGGAGGAACUUCCAGCAGUGGUACUGCAGCACCGAGCAAGACGACAGUUUAGAGGAGGAAAACAUGGCGCAGCUUAAUAGGUUCACACCUCACAAAGGCCUCCAGCGAUUUGAGGCAUCUGAGCAGCAGCAGCAGGGUGACUGCUCCAGCCUCUCGGGCCAGCAGCAGCAGCAGACAGGCUGGACGUCAGCACCGGCGCCCCGCCAGAGGUUCCUCCUCAUCCGCAUCUUGGACAAAAAGGUGACGCUAUACAGCUACAACUGGUCGCUGGACCUGGGCGCCUCGCUCAGCCGCGAGUUGGUGCGCCUGGUCAAGUGGCAGAACGCCCGGGCCCACGUGCUGCACUGCCUGCUCAGCCAGAAGAUGGGCCUGUUCCAUCACCACUGCUUUUCCGACGCGCCUCUGCACGAGAUCAAUUCCAAGCGGGACCCCAACCCCUUCCUGGGUCCGUCCAUGGAGCCGGACACGCUGCUCCGCAGCGCCGUCCCACCCCUGGCCAACAAAGAGCAAGGUCGCCUGGCGUCUUCUGGCCGCAGCUUGGCCCCGCUUCACUUCCCCUCCGAGCUGCUGCCCUUCGACGAGGCUCUGAGGGACAUUUGCACCAUCAGGACGCUGUCGGACGGAGACGCCGUCGCCCGGCACGGCGGGCAGCUCCUGGACAUCAAAGUGGCCGAGAGGAGAGAGCUGGAGAAGCAGAUGAAGAUCGAAAACCUCUUUGUGACGUGGCAGCAGCGGUCGGCGCAGUCCAACAUGCCCAUCGCCCCGGCCGACUUGGAAACGUUGAAGCAGUCGUCCCGGCUGGUCCACUACUGCGCCACGCCGCUGCUCUUUGACCCCCUCUUCCGCAAGCAGAUACAGGAGGAACUCGCUGCCCAGCCACCAGUCAAGAAGCGUCACCGGUCGAACGACUCGACGGCGUCGGGGCGCGACCGCAGCUACAGCAGCGACUCUGGUGACAUGCUGCCCGGCCGGCUGAAGGAGGAGCCCUGGCUGCUGGAGAUCUCCAGCGGCUUCCUGCAGCAGUAUGUGCAGUACCUGCAAAGCUUGGGCUUCAUCCUGGUGCAGUUACGCCCGCAGUCGCCCGCUCGGAGCAUCGCCCGCGCCCGCGCUGCCAUGUUGAGUUCCAUGUCGUCGUCCGAGGGCAGGAUGUCUUUCUCUUACGUCAAGCAGAAAAGCGAAGACAGCCCCAAGACCACUGUGUCUGCCACCACUGCGUACUACCUUCAGAGGGCGUUGCCAGGUGGGAUUGUGCUGAUGGAGCUGGCUUUUCAGGGCUGCUACUUUUGCGUCAAGCAGUACGCACUGGAGUGUUCUCGCAUCCCCAUGGGUCAGUCGGUCAACUCACAGGGCGGCCUGCUCAUCAAACCUCGUUGCAAGCCCUUCCCGGACGCCGCCCAGGUGUCUGACUGUGCGCUCUCUAUGCUGUUCACCGAGGAGUGUGACAAGGUGCGCGACCUGAUGCACGUGCACUCGUUCAGCUACGACUUCCACCUGCGGGUGGUCCACCAGUACCUGGUGGGCUGCCACAUGACGCUGCGCCAGGGCUACCAGCUCACCGAUUUCCUCAGAGACUUCAUCACGCAGCACCCCGACAUCCCCAAGUUUGGACGCAACCAUGUCUUCCAAGGGAGCUUCUCCACCUCCACGAGGAUCAUCACAGCCCACCAGCUGUACAACUACAUCACCGACCAUGCUGGCAUAUAUGGCAUGAAGCCCCUGCGCAUGUCCAAGGCCACCGUUGCCACCGACUCCAAGAAGGCCACGUCGGACCAGCACGAGUACGCUCUGGUGGCCUUGUGGAACAGCUCAGGUUCUUACAAGGACCUGGAGGGCCUUCACCACCAUGACGACUUUGAUGUGUCCCUGGUGGUGUGUCACAAUGCUGCUCCCUUUGAGGAGCAGUCGGAGGGAGAGCGACACUUGCUAAGGUUGCACUUUUACGUGAUCAUGACGAGCCAGCGUGAGCUCUUCCCCCGACUCACCGCUGACAUGCGGCGCUUCAAGAAGAUUCCUCAGAUCCACCGUGAGCCCAGCGAGCUGGGUGGCCGCCCGGCCCUAGGUCGGACAGAGUCCUGCACAUCUCCCAGUAGCGAGCAGGACCAAUGGGGGGCACCCACCGGCUCCGGCUCAGAGACCUGUUCACCUAGUGACGGAAAUGAGUUCUACCCUCUGGUUGGCUCUGCUCUCCAGUCCCAGGGAUUGGUAUACCAGUCCCCCCUGUUCCCGCUGCUCAACAACGAGGUGGCCGUCGCCCUCCGGCAGAUCCAGACCAGCGUGGAGGAAGCCAUGGGUCACUGUCGCCGCGACAACCUGUGGAGGAGGCUGUUCCACGGCGAGCACCUGGCACUGGACAAGCUGAAGCUGACCAAGUUGUCCUUCUGCGAGCUGGAGGAGCUCCUGGAGGCCGUCCAGAGCCGCUCAGUGGUGGACAUUGACCCCCAGCUGGACUGUUUCCUGAAUAUGAGUACGGCCUGGUACCAGAGUCUCAUUAAAGUCCUGCUGAGUCGAUUCCCUCAAAGUUGCCGGCAUUUUGAUGACAGCGGUGUCCAAUAUCUGGCUGUUCUGAACCAGAAAUUCACAGACUGCUUCGUUUUGGUUUUCCUCGACUCCCAAGCUGGCAAAACGAGUCUCAAGGUGGUUUUGCGAGAACCGCUGCCGCCACAGCCGCAGGGCAGCGGCAGCCCGCCACCUCAGCUGGUCUCCAUGUACCAUCACCUGGAGUCCGUCAUCAACACGGCUUGCUUCAACCUCUGGACCGGACUCUUGUAACCAACGCUUCAAUCAAGUUAAAAACAGUUUGCGACAGUUGUCGUUAGUAAGCUGCCUAGCUCCAGAAGCUACAUCAUGGCUUGUAAGCGGUAGCAUCAAGCUAAGCUGUUAGAAGACAUUUCUAAAUUAUUUUGGCAUUUCUAGAUCAUUACUCAUCUGAAAUGCUUGAAUUUUGACUCCUUCUGGUUCUUCUACAGUUAGCACAGGAUUGCUCACACUGAGCGGCCCCUGCUUAGGAAUGAUCGACAAGGUAGUGCAUUCAAGUGUUGCGGCUUUUGGACUCAGUGCUGAAAACACUCCCGGACAUGACAUUCCCACAUUUAAGAUGCUGGAAGGAAAUGGAACGUGGGACUUUCCAUCCAUUAGUUUCAAAGGCGGGCUACACCCUGGAUCGCCUUACGCACUUUCAGAUUUCAAAUCACUGAACAUUUCAUCCAGCUUGGAACGUAAUAAGGGUGAAACCAGAGUUUAUGACUGAUUGGUUUUGGACCCUGGAUUGGUCACCAGUCCACCACAGGACCACUGUCUACACUCACCGAGUGUGAAAUGUUGAACUUUCCCAUAGUCUUCACAUCUUGGUCCUCUGGUUGGCGCUGGAGUGUUUAUUUUCUAAGGACCCGACAUUGGUUGCCAAUUAAUCGCAAGAUGAGCACACACAUCACCAGUCUCUGAAAAGAACAUGUUGGGAGUUUUGUUUGUCUUGCACAUUUCCUGUUCAAGAGGAAGCCAAAAGAGUUUGGAUUGGAUCUGGACUGUGGACAUAUUGGGCUUUGACUAGCACUUCAGGGUUUGUUCUCACAUUUCAGUCUAUGCUUUUUUUUGUUUUGUUUGUUUUGCUUUUGCUUUACACUGCCCAAAAGUGCCUUACUAGUUUUUUUUUAAUUCAACCCCAAACUCUGAUGGGAAGGACAUUUACGGAGUUUUUUUUACCCCCCCCCCCCCUUUUGUUGAGGGAUAAUGGCACAUUAUCACUGUUGGCCAAACGUGCACACACGCACAGAGCUUUAGGAUGUCAAACACUGGAGGCUAUAACAGAAAUAGUGCACGCUCUUCAACUCUAUCAUGAACAUUCUAAGUAGGUACUUAUCUGAUAAUUAAUUUGUCAAAUAAUCAAUGAAUUGGAUUUAAAAAUGUUUCAAUUUCCAUCCCUUUAGCAAGAACAGGACUUUUUUCAAAUUAACAGUCCAGGUAAAUUACGAUUUGGUUGCUGAUUUGGUUUGUAACAUCAAAAAAUGGGCAAAAUCAUAUUAGCAAAUGCAUUAAUUGAAUACAAAAGACAAAGCCAGCCAUAAUGGAGGACACCAGAAAUCGGAGAAUAUUGACUGGUGACACUAAAACGCCACCAUUCUUUUUAAUUAAAAACA